CCAAACCCGGUCAUAAGGAGAAGAAAAUUGUGUGAAUCGUCUACAUUUCGAGUGUUACAGUGUAUACGGUUCGGGUUGUACACGGUGGUUAGGGUUCAGCACAGAGAGAAAGAGAGAAGAAGAGCAGCAGAGAUGGAAGACGAAGAGGAAGACGAAAGGAGAGAAGCAGCAAUAGCGACAAGAGCUUCUUUGCAGCCCAAUUUCAAGCCUGAUGGGGUCUCCCAAUCCCAGCUCUCCAAAUUCCAAGAACUGCACAGGAGGCGUCUACAAAUUAAAGCAAAAUCAAAGAUUAAAAAGAAAGCAAAAGGGGAAAUCCUUGUAGGAAUAUCUGGUGAGAAUAGUAAAUCUCGUGUGAAGAAUCUUGAUGCCAAUGAUGUUACAGAGGAAAUUUCAAGUAAAGAAACUGAUCAUUCAAGUGUUUCCAUCUUGAAAGGGAACACCACCAAGGAUACCUUCUCCCAGCAGCAAGAGAAUGUAGCAGUGCAUAUCGGAACAAAGAAGCGUCAAAAGUUACAUUGGGGGCUGGACACGAAAGAAAGGUGGGAAAGGAAAGCCAACAUGUAGAGGUAAUCGUCAUGUGAGUGGAAAUGCAGCUUUCCUAUGUGACCGUUGCCAAACCAUCUGAAGUUGAUCUCUGGUUUGGAAGAUUCAGCUUGAACUAUGCUUCAAAUAUCACCGGCUCCAUAGAAAGAGCUACAGGAAAUCAAGUUAUCCCUUGUAUUUUUUGGAGCAAUGGAGAAUGAAAGUAGAAGAAUAGGAAAUCUUGUUGGAGAAAGAAUCUACACAGUACAUUCGAAGUGAUAAAAUAUUUUUACUUGGAUUUUCAAACAAUUGGUGUUAACAGUUGAUUUGCUGCUGUUGGUGCAUAAAUCCUAUGUAUUAACCCUUUUGUGUAGGAUUUUUUUACUUGGUUUUCUUUUGCUUCCUAUUCUAUGUUGCAACUACAUAAGAGAAAUUGGUUUUCUUUAUUUCAGUGAAA